AAAUCAAGGUAUCAUAUCAAGAUGUUGAUUGCCACCUACUCUCCUGAAAUAGCUAUUGUGCACCAUCUGGAAGGAACACCAAGGGUAACAGAGGCACAGAAUUUGCUCUUCAGAGGCCCGGGAGCUGUUGGAGCAAGAGGAGGAGUACCCAAUCUGCAAUGCCCCAUCACACUUCCAGGGAAGUGGUCUGGUGGAAGCCGCUGAUUGGUGGGAGCGGACCAGAGGAAGCAGCUGAUUGGGAGCAACCCCAGGCACUCGAUAGACCUAUAAUGAAAGACAUGAGUAUUGAAUUUGCCCAGAAAUGUAGUGAUCAGAUAAGUGAUAUUAAAUACAAAGAACGACACAUAAAGUCAAAAGGAAAGUAUACUUUUGUGCCAGAUACACCUCAACAACAAUGUAUGAAAAAAGCAACUACUCUUGUAUCUGAGACCAAAUACAAAGAAGAUGUGAAAAAAGAAAGUUCUAAAUGCUUGUAUGCACAGAUGCCCGCUACCAUUGAUACUGUGUUUGCUAAAGAAGUUUCUCAGGCUCAGAGUAAGAAACAAUACUUGCAAAAAUAUGACGCAGAUAAAGGAAAAUCAAGUUAUUCGAACAUGAAAGAACUGCCAGAUGUUAAGCAUGCAAUGGAAGUCAAUAAACGACAAAGUGAUGUAUUGUACAAGAAAGAUGCAGGUACUAUUCACAGUUACACGGAGAUCGUCGAUAGACCAGAUAUUAAAAAAGCGACACAAACUACCAAGUUGGUUAGCAAUUUUGCAUAUAAAAAUAAAGCUAAAAGCGAGGCAGCUAUGAAAACAUCUGCUAUUGGUAGACCGGACAUUGAGCAUGCCAAGGAGGUUUCCAAAAUGACCAGCCAAGUUAACUAUAAAGAUAAAUUUAAUAAAGAGAUCAAAGGAAGGAGACAUCAAUUCAAUCCCCAGGAGAGUGUUUCCUUCAAACAAUUGCAGGCAGCAUCUGUUCUUGCAAGUAAUGUUAAAUACAAGGCUGAUCUUCAAAAACUAAAAAGGACAUCAUCAAAUUUCCCCGAUUUGUUGCAUCUGGAACAUGCAUUGGCAGUCGGCAAAUUGCAAAGUGAUCACGAAUACAAGAAAGAGUUUGAGAAAAGCAAAGGUCAUUACCACUUGGCCCUUGAUACAUCUGAACAGCUUCAUCAUAAAGAGAAUGCAAUAAUCCAAAGCCAGAACAAAUACAGGGAAGACUAUGAAAAAAAUAAAGGGAAAUCAAUGCUGGAAUUUAUCGAGACUCCAAGUUAUGUGGCUGCGAAACAGGCACAAUGCAUCCAGAAUGAGAAACACUACCGAAAAGAUUUUGAUGAAUUGAUCAAAAGCAGCAGGUCUGUUGAUCUUGAUAUGACCCCAGGUUACUUGCAUGCCAAACAUGUCACCAGUCUCCUUAAUAAGAAAGAAUAUACCAAAGAUUGGGAGGAAAACAUCAAAGGAAAGGGUCUCACUUUGAUAGGAGACACCCCAGACAUGAUUCGAGUCAAGCAUGCAUCCCAGAUAUUCAAUGAGAAAGAAUAUAGAAAAGACUUUGAAGAAGGUAUAAAAGGAAAAGGGCUCACUCUCCUGGAUGAUACACUGAACAUAAUUCGAGUAAAAAAUGCAUCCCAGAUACUAAAUGAGAAAGAAUACAGAAAGGAUCUUGAAGUCCAUAUCAAAGGCAGAGGGAUGCAACUGUCUUCAGAUGUACUUGAUAUUAAACGUGCCAAGAAUGCAUCAGAAAUUGCCAGUCAGGUACUGUAUAAGCAGACAUCGGAUUUGGGACAAAAUAAGUAUGGAACUGUAACUGACACACCAGAGUUGAUACAUGCUGCACAUGUAAAAGACAUUUACAGUCAGAAAAAAUAUAAAAGUGAAGCAGAAAAGAUGCUAAGUACGUGCACUAUAACAUCAGAUUCUCCAGAAAUGGAAAGAGUUAAGAAAAACCAAAUAAAUCUUAGCCCAGUGAAUUACAAAGAUGAAAUUGGUCAAGGAACAGCAGUUCCAGAUCUUUAUGAUUUAGAACGUGUGAAAGGGAAUCAGAAGAACAUCAGCUUGGUUUGUUUAUAUAAGAGUUCAUUGUCAUAAGGGUGCUCUUUAAAAUGAACAUAACCUCUAGUUAAUUCCUUAACAUUUUCAUCAUCAUGUAUAUAAUAUAUAUUUGUAUUCAAGGUCCAAUAUAAAGAAAGGGUUGGCACGGGGACAGCGGUCCCUGUUACUCUUGAGAUGGAGCGAGCCAAGAGAAAUCAGUCAAAUAUCAGUUCGGCAAGUCUUUGCGCCCUUUUGCAUGUCAACUUCUUUCUGUGAUUAUACUGAUCAUAGAUAUAACAAUUGUCAGCUUUUUUCAGUUCAGCAGUGUUUGAUAUUAAGAAAUGAAUUGUAAAAAAUGAUCAGAUAGUAAAAGUAUUUUAUUUAACUCUUGUUACAUUGAUCCUGCUUUGUCUGUCCUAUGACACAGUGUGGGAUGUGCAACUUGUAUGAUCUAACGCUGUUAAUUUGGUCGGUAGGUGCUGUACAGUACUGGCCUGAAGG